AUGAGUAGUAAAGGUCCACGAAUUGCCACAAGAGAUGCUAGGCCGAUCAACUUUGGGACUGUCCAUGUGGUUGCUCAACUUUUGAAUUUCACAACUCCGGCAAUUGACAUUGGCCACCAGCACAUUCGUCUUUUGAGAGCUUCGAUCACGCUUCUCCUCCCCUCUUUACCUCUUCGCUGGAAUAUAUAA